CAGGUUGUCACGCUUGUCAGACUUCCGGACAAGGUUGUUGACAAACAUCAAGCCUAACCCCACAUUUCCAUUUGCCAAUUUUUGGAUUUCCCUCAUUCCCCACAUGAAAAAACCAUGGGAAAAACAUGCAAAGUGGUCGUUUGCGGCAUGAAGGGUGUGGGCAAAACCGCCAUUUUAGAGCAGGCCAUUUAUGGCAACAUCACGCAGCAAUCGGAGCUCCACCCGACCAUUGAGGACAUUUACGUGGCCAACAUCGAAUCGGACAAAGGAGUGAGGGAGAAGGUGAGGUUCUAUGAUACAGCGGGGAUUGAAAGCUCGCAAACUGCAACAGCGAAUGGAACUACCAGCCAGCAGCUUUUGAGGCACUACUUGGUCCUGGCUGAUGGGUAUAUUCUGGUCUAUGACACGGAGAAGCCCAAUUCGUUGGAGGCUCUCAUGUCCAUUAAAAAGGACGUGGAUAAGAACAAGGACAAGAAGGAGGUGACUGUGAUUGUGAUCGGUAAUCGAACCAAAGACGCAACAAAUUCCGCAGAUUCGGUGGUAAAUCGCGCGAGCGACUGGUGCAACCGAGAGAAAACCCGACAUUUUAUCGUAUCUGCGAUGCAAAGAUCGACUUUGAACGAGCCCUUCGUCUACAUUACCAGCAAACUGAACCCUCCGCCCAGCAAAAGCACCUUCACACCUCUAUCUAUGGGAAGAAAAGUGCUGAAGGAUAGCACGUAGGUGCCUCCACCAUUAUGGAGAGGCUAAAACGAAUAAAACUAGUCCUUCGCCCCAGA